AUUGUGUAAAAUAACCAUCUAUGACACGACGAAUAGCGCCACCUUUUGUCCGAAAGUGCCGACAUGGGGAAUUCCCGCUCAACAAAUGUGCAAUAACCAUUGAUGAGAACGCCCUUUCCCGACUAUCUGCUGAGGAAUGCUUCAUAUGGUUAAUUACAUGCAUACGUGUAAUAUACUAUCUACUACUAGAGUACUAGUACUAGUAGAUGAACUGUCACGGGAUAUACUUGGACUGGAGUGAAAAACGAGCAUUGUGCGGAUAAAACUUUCAGCUGAUGACUUGGGAUCCAAAGGAGAGAGAUUAGGAGCCGCAGGAUUUCGUCUCAAGAUUUGUAAGGUGCACUGGAACCUGACAGUCAAAAUGGCAGAUGUAAAUUCAGUUCUUGGUAGCAUCAGCAGGAAGUUUCUGGAGUGCCCCAUAUGCCAUGGGAGAUACCAGCAGCCAAAAGCGCUCAACUGCCUGCACACUUUCUGCCAAGCAUGCCUCGUAACAUUGCAUGAAUAUGCGUCACACGGGAGUUUUGCCAGUGCCUCCAUUCAGUGCCCCAUCUGCAAUCAAAAAUCUGAUUUGCCCAGGGAGGGUGUGGCAAAGUUGAAGACCAACUUUCAUCUAGUCGGCCUGCUUGAAGAGAUCACUGUUCAAGAGAGGGCAGCUCAGGUCAGCAACAUGAAGAUCUGCGGGUCCUGUGAACAAGAGAAGAGGGCUGUGUCUAGAUGCAUUGACUGUAGUAUGGAUCUUUGCCUCAACUGCCAGACAGUUCCCCGCCACAUGGCUGCUGUAUUGGCACAGCACACUGUCGCUUCACUGGAGGAACUCAGUUGCGGAAAGAUUGCCGACAGUGUUAGGAAGCAGAGGGGAAUGCCAGAAUGCCCAAAGCACCCGGCUAACAAGAAACUAUUUUUUUGUGAAACAUGCGAGGAACUGAUGUGCAAAGAUUGUUCUGCUGAUCAUGAGAGAAAAGAUGCAAGCAACACUCCUCAUCCGAUUCUUGACUUGGAAUCAGCAGCUUCAAACAGGAGGAAGUCUACCGAAGAGGUACUGGCCAAGCUCCAGCUAAUUCGCUCUGACUUUAUAUCCUCUUUAGACACCAUUGGAUUGACGAGUCAAAAAUUUGAUGAUAACCUUGAUAGUAUGAGGAAGCAUGUACAGGAAUUUUCUAGCAAAGUCCGUGAUGAUGUUUCUUCUCAAGAAGCACAACUCCUCUUUCAGAUUUCACAAAUUUCUAAAGUGCAAAAAGAAAAAAUUAGCGACAGACAUAAAACCAUCAAGUCGUCCAUAGAGCAGAUGACAGACACCCUGGAAGCCGCAGACGCCAUUUGUAAAACUUCAGAAGACUGUGAUUUCCUGGCAAUGUAUCCUCUAAUCAAAAAAGCCUUGGAAAGCCAUUCAAGCAAGAAGCCAUAUGACAAUAAAUUACCAAACUGGGAGUUCAAAGAAAGACAGGGAUUGCUGCGCAUUGGUACUUUGGUAAAUAGAGAGACGCAACUGUUUCAGCCACUUGAGGAAAUCAAGAAAUUGUUACCUGAGGAAACUUCAUCCGCAUUCGGACAACAGGCGAAUAUGGGCGAAUGUGGCAGCUCUUGGAACAUGACUUCUCAACAGACAAAGAUGGCACUCACAACAAAAAGUAGGAAUAAAAAAAAGAAUCCCAGUUCAGUGACCAGCACAAGUGCUGCUUGGUCUACAGGAUGUAGCUUUGGACAAGCUGCAUCAGGAACCAGUGCAACCAAAGCCACCACGUCUUCUGGGUUUGGCAUAGGGACCAGGGCAAACACAAGUGAGGUCUCUAGCUUUCACCAGUUGGCUGGGGCUGAGAGAAGCACAGUAACCAAAUCUUCAGGAUUUGGUUUCGGACAGUCUGCAACUGCAAACUGUGCCAAAAUCACAACUAGGUCUUUUGGAGGAUUGAGCUUUGGACAGUCAGCCCCUGUCACUAACUCCACCACAGUCCCCUCUAUAUUGGGAUUUGGUACUAGACAGACUAAAUCAGGAACCAGCACAACCACAGCCACCCCUUCAUCAGGAUUCAGCUUUGGACUUGCACCUUCUGCAGCCAUCAAAGGCACAGCCCAGUCAGCCAGGGGAUUUAGCUUUGGACAGUCUGCAUCUUUCACACAACCAGCCACAACAAACUCUCAUUUUGGAUUUGGCCGUGUACAGGCCAAAUCAACAACCAACAUGGCCACCCCCACCUGCACAUCAGGAUUCAGCUUUGGACAUGCACCAGAUACAACCAGCAAACCUGCAACCAGUCCUUUUAGAGGAUUUAGCUUUGGACAACCUACUCCCGUCUCCAACACAACUGAAGCCACAGGUGCUGUAGGAUUUAAUGGUUCCAAUAAAGAGAUGCCAACAGGUACCAGUACCACGAGAGGAACUUCGUCAUUAGGAUUUGGCUUUGGGCAUCAGUUACUUGCAACCAGCAAAGUAACAACGAAGUCAUUUGGAGGAUUAAGCCACACAGUCACAGUGACCUCUACUUCAGGAUCGGGUUCCGGACAGAUCACAUCAGGAACAACCACUACGAGCUGUACCUCAGGAUUUUUCUUUGGCCAGCCACUUCUAUCCAGCAAAGAUACAACCAAGACUUUUGGAGGUCCAUUCUUUGGACAGCCUGCACCUGCCACUAACACAACCACAGCCACAAGAACUUCGGAAUUGGGCUUUGCACAGACCGCUUCAGAAACCAUCCCAACCUUAGCUAACUCAGGAUUCAGUAUGGGACAGGAACAACUUGCAAGCAGCAAACCAACAGCUCAGUCAUUUGGAGGGUUUGGCUUUGGGCAGACUGCAGCUGUCACCAAAACAACAAAAGUCACCUCUACUUUAGGAUUUGAUUCUGGACAAACCGAACCAGGAGCCGGUACAACUACAGCAUGCACUGCUUCAGGAUUUUGCUUUGGACAGCCACCACUUGCAAACAGCAAAGCCACAACCAAGUCUUAUGGAGGCUUUAGCUUUGGAGGGUCUGCAGCUGUCACCAACACAACCACAGCCACCUUUACUUCUCGAUUUGGUUCCGGACAGACCACACCAGGAACUAGCGCAACAACAGCAACCACAGCUUCACAAUUAUUGUUUGGACAGCCAUUUCCUGCAGCCAGCCACGCCGUUACCCAGACUUUUCAAGAAUUUAACUUUGGACAGUCUGCGCCUGCUAUGAACAUAACCAAAACCAGCCCUGCUUCAGGAUUCAGUUUCGGGCUGUUACCACCCCAAAUCAGCUCAUCUAUAGCUGCUUCUACAUGUACCUCGGAACAUGGCUUAGGACAGUCCUCACUUGGCGCCAAGACCACCACAACAGUAUCUGCUUCCUGUACUGGUCGAACCACACCUCUGUCUUCAGGAUCCUUCUCAGGACAGCCAGCAUCAGAGACCCCAUUAACCAUUACCAAAAGUAAAGGAUUUGGUUCGGGGCAGACUCCAGUGGGAAGUAGCAAAACUACAAAGCAGUCUUCCGGAGAAGUUCGCUUUGCCUCUGGAACCUGCUCAACCCCAGCCAUAUUUUCCAGAUUGAACUUUGGCGUUUCGGCUCCUGGGACCAGCUCAUGUGAAGCUCAGUCUGCAUCAGGAUUCAACUUCAAACUGUCCACCGUUGGGACAAGCUCCAAUGGCACUCAGUCUGCAGGACUUGCCUUCAAACAAUCUACUUACGGAACAAAUGACCUAACCACAGUUGUGUCAUCACUACCAAGGAACAUCUCUUCUGCAGUUGGCUCUUCCACAUUUGGUGGAGCAAGACCCAAAACAACUGCACGGGCGACCACCAAAACCACAUCAAACUCAUUAGAAUUUGACUCGAAAAAGGGGGCGCCCGAUUCAUACUGCCCAUUUGUCUUCAAACCAUUCAAGCCAGAGACAUGCAGAGCAUCCACUGCCCAGAUGGCAGCAACAGGGACAACAACCACAUCUGGAUCAAGAGGCUUUGGUCUCGCACCACUAGCAACAGAGACUAGCAAACCAAAACCUGUGUUGGACAAGAAAUCAGGAGAACAUCCUGACAACCAUGUCAACUCUUGGGAUCCUAAUAUCUCAAAAGCAUUUUCUGAGCCUCCAGGUAGCAGCAACGCCAGCCAUGCCCAGAAGCUGAAGUCAGAGGACGUGGCUAGUAUUACGACAAACUCAUCUAGCGAAGAGGAGGAUACAGCAGUAGGUAGCAAAGAUGACAGCACCUCAGCGAAGCAGGACAACAUCCCAUUUGAACCAGUCACCCACAUUUCCGAGCAGGCAACAUCAUCACCUUCUGUGGCUGAAGCGGAGAGCCCUUCGACGUCUGACUCCGAGUUGUAACGAGUCACUGAUUUUUGUGACUCGAGUUGAGUCGAGUCAUUUAAUAGAAGUGACUCGAGUCGGGUCGAUUCAUUUUAAAGAAGUGACUCAAGUUGAGUCGAGUCAUUAGGUCAAGA